AUGAUUUCAACUACUUUACGUCAGUUUAUUAAAAGUCGUAGUCUUCAAAGAAAUAUAUUAGCUUCAAAGCCAUUAGUUCAUUUUGAAAAAGGCAUCAUUCAACCGAGAUUAGGUCAAAAUAGAUUUUAUAAUACUGAAGUAAGGCCUAUCAAUUUUGAAGCUAAAUAUGCUGAUAAAAUUAAAGAAAUCGCAAAAAGAGAAGGACUUACAGUGGAAGAGUUAAAAAAGAAAAUGAAAGAUGAAGCAGCAAAAAAACUAAAGGCUUCACAACCUAUUAAAAAGACAAUUGUGAACGAAACAACAAAAAAGGCUUCUGCAGAUACAAUUGCUUCUAAAUCAAAAUUACCUUAUGAAUCUUCGGCACCUACUUUAGAUAAACUAGUAAAGCUUGAUUUGCUUGAAAAGGAAACACCUGAAAAUAUUGAAAAGAUUUGGAAUGCAGGCCAUGCAAAUAAAGACUGUAUUACUGCUGUCAUUCCUAGUGAUGUCUAUGAUAAGCUUUAUAAACGUAGUCAACAAUAUCCUAUGUUUGUUUUACCUAUGCCACGUGAAGAAGGGGUUGAAUUCUUUUUCCUUCAAUUUAAUUUCCAUCAAUGCAAUUUCACUUCUCUCUUAGAAUAUAAAACAAAGGGAACUGAAGCAAGACCUUUUCUAACUUUAACUCAUUUUCCUGAACUUCAAAAAUCAAAGGGGAUUGUUUUAAUGAAGGGUGAGAUCAAUAAGGAUCCUCGUAUGCUUGAUACUGCGAAUGCACAAUUUUUAGCAUUUGCCCUUCAACAAUUCUAUGUCACAGGUGGUGAAGAAAAGUUGAAGCUUGUUGAAAAAUUCCAUAAGCAGCCUGCUGAAUUUGAUUUCCAAGAUCUGAUUAAGGCCGUCGAAACACUUGUUUAA